AUGGCUACUAAGCGUCUCACCCUGCAACACCCGGAUCAUUUCUGGGUAGAUUUGGCGGAAGAGAUCCAGGGUUUGCGCGACGUGAUUGAAUCAUCACUGGGGGAGGCAGACGAGGAAGCGGCGCCGACAACCGAUAAUGCACGCCUUGAGCCGCCUGACGACGGUGUGCAAGUCCUUGGCCUGGUCGGCAGCAACUGGCCUGCAGUCCCACGGCCGUUGACAACAAGCAAGGCCUUGCUGCACGAUUCAACGAUGGUUCGCCAGCUUUGCCAGGUCUUUCUGCAGCAAGUAGACCCCAUAAUCAAGAUCCUUCACCGUCCGUCUCUAAGCAGGUGGAUGAUCAAUGGGGAACGCUACCUGGCCUAUCCGGAGGGUCACCGGUCUAUAGAGGCCCUAGGUUCGGCCGUCUGUUAUUCCGCCAUCAGCAGCAUGACGGAAAACCAGUGCCGGGUCAUGUUCCAAACCAACAAGGCGAGUUUGGUGGCAGAGUCCCGAGCCUCCUGCGAGAUAGCCAUCGGGCGAUCUGGCCUACUAACGACCCGCGACAUCACCGUUCUGCAAGCCUUUGUAUUAUAUCUAAUGGCCCGAAGGGUGGAAGACCGCACCUGGGCCGUUUGGACCUUGGUCGCGGUGGCAGUGCGAAUCGGCAAGGGUCUCGGUCUCUAUCUUGACCGAAAGACAGAGACAUUCUUUGAUCAGCAGAUGCGAAAGCGCCUUUGGUAUACUAUCUGUCUCAUGGAUCUACAGGCCUCUUUUUUCCGGACGUCCGAGCCUCUCAUUAGCGUUGAUGAGUCUGCGUCAACCACCCUCCCCCAGCACAUAAACGACUCGGACUUUGACCCAACCACGACGGACACUGUCCCUGAUCGAGAGGGACUAACUGACACGACGUUUGCGCUGGUCACGUAUCACGCACAGCGCAUUGGCCGCCUGCUCAACUUCGCAGCGCACGAUCGCAAGGUCCAGCACAAUCGUUACACCUCGGCAUCAUCUUCACCAACGUCCGGCCCUAAAUGCGACCCAGACCAGCAGCAGCAGGAGCAGCAGAAGGUCCGCGGUUUUGAGCAGGAAGCGCUCCGCUUACUCCAUUUCUGCGACCCUGAGGCCUCCGUGCACGCGUGGUUCACCUGGCAUGGCACGCAGAGUCUUAUUGCGGCUGCACGACUGGCUGCACUACGUCCCCUCCAGUGGCCGGGCCGGGCCCCCCCACCUCGGAUGGAAAGCAACUCAGAGAUCUUGCGUCUGACCCUUCCUGUCCUAGAGAAAGUGCAGCUUAUGCAUACUGACGCCCGCGGAGAAGGCUUUCGAUGGUACGUCACAAUUCCCUGGCAUGCACUGGCCAUUGCCGUUUCCGAAUGCUAUGUGAGCAACGACUCGGCGCUCAUCCGGCGCGCCUGGCCGCUCGUCGAGUCAUCGUACCGGCAGCAUGAGGUGACGCUGGCCGGCUCACACGGCGGUGCCCUCCGCGGACCUCUGCGACAACUCACGCAGCGAACGAGGGAGAAGAUUGCGUUGACUGUCCCAGAGAUGGCGGGUGGUCUCAGCACAGCGACCAGCCAUCCCACGAACAUCAGCUUGAGUCCAGCAGCAUCCCCAGGAUUGCCAGGACGAAGUCAGACGCUGAAUAGACAGAACUUCAAUCUACCUGGUUGUCAAGUGUCGCCCAGCGGCUCGCUGGCAGGUCCGGUGGUCGAGGGAUCGCCGCUGCUUGAUCUACCACCCUGGGAUUUUAUGUCGCAAGCACUAGACGACCCGGCACUGUUUGCUGCGGCCCCAGGGACACCUGCAGUGGCGGACGGCUUGAAUCAGGGAGCUGAUACGACAUGGGAGGAAUUGUUCUCGGGAAUUCCGUUCAAUGAGAUUGCCGGUCCAGAUUGGUUCUUUUUCGAAAUGAACCAGGGUGUUAGCAUGAUGUAG